ACUUGUUCUACACUCUCUAAGUAUUUAAAUAUCACACACCUACUUUAGUUUCCCACAACCAACAACAGAAUCAUUCUCAUUUCAUUUCCUUGCAACUCUUUCAUAUCCCACAACACCAACAUUAAAGUCUUAAGCAAUGGAUGACCAAGAUCUUUCACCACCUCAAGUAGACACAUCUCGACCGUCCAUAUGUUUUCCACUCGGGACUGGCCUUCUCUUGUUCAUCAUCUUCAUCUUGAGUGGUAUCUUCUCAUGUUGCUACCACUGGGAAAAGUUUCGUUCACUUCAUCGACCUCUCUCAGAUCUUGAAGCUGCACAAGCACACACUCACACUCGAUCGCAACCCUUCAAAUUUAUAUCUCAUUCCUCGGAAAUGGAGAUCGAAGAGAAGGAGAAGAGCGUGACGGUGUUGAUGCCGGGAGAUGAAGUGCCCAAGUUUAUAGCUAUGCCUUGUCCAUGUCAGCCGUCACGACUAGAAGAGAUUGUUGUGGAGAAGCCGCCAUCUAAACAACCGUAACAACCACCGUAGUAUGUUAAACUUUAAUUAUUGUUCAUUAAUUAUCAACUGUGUAGAUAUGAAUAUGCAUUGUACUAGUCUUGUAUAUCCUUUGAAUUGGCAUGUUUGGUUGAAGUUAUAAAAGCUUACAUUUUGUUA